AAUCACUCAAUGAAUUUUAACUGCUGCUAUUGAAAUGUCACCCCUUUCAGUUUCAGAUUCUGUCUCUUGGGUCUAACUUUGAUGGUUUUUUUCUUUAGUUCAGAUUCUAUUGUGGGUUUGAAGUGUUUUUUUUUUCCCUUUUUUCUCUGAAGAGAUGCCCUCAUGCCAAAACUCAAAAUGCAUGCUGUUUUUUUGGUUGUUCAUGGAAAGUGGUGUUGUUUGAUAGUUUAGUUUGCGAUAUAGUUCUACUCAAAGGAUAUACUAGUUUGACGUGCUCCUGCUGACUUGUUAAGCUUCCUUCUUUUCUGGUCCAAAUCACGAGAAGACAAAAACAAAAGUAAAGACAUUAGAGAAGGUUGAUGAUUAUCAUGAUGACCAUGGAAGUGGAUAAGCAUUGGUCCCUUCCUCUCUGUGGGGUCCCUGAAGUUACAGAUUAUUUUCAAACUUCUUCACAUCCAGUCAAGUUUUAAUAGCUGAAAGACCAGAAAAUUACUAGCAGUAAAGGCACCCACAGUUUUGUAGCUUAUCUUCGUGCUCUAUAAAUUAUAUUUCCUUCUGAAUUCAAGAAACAAAGAAAGAAGAAAGAAGAAGACAUGGAAGGACACAAAAAGGUUGUGAAGAAGUCAAGGGUAAUCAAAGUUGGAUCAGAGGGAUCUUGGGAUUAUUAUGUUGCCAAAGCUUUCAAACAAGGUUUCCCUGUUGCAGUGCAUUUUAGUGCUAGCUGGUGCACACCCUCAAGAGCCAUGAGCCACUUCUUUGAAGAGCUGGCCUUGGAGUACAAAGGUGUUGUGUUUCUGUCUGUGGAUGUGGAUGAAACUAAGGAUGUUGCAUCCAAGUUGGAAAUAAAGGCCAUGCCCACAUUUGUAUUGAUGAAGGAUGGAGCCCCAAACUUCAAACUUGUUGGAGCCAACCCAGUUGAGCUGAGGAAAAGGAUCAAUGGCUUCAUAUAUGGCUGAUUGGUGAUUACCAAAUAUAAUAGGAAUGUGAGACACAUGUUUUAGGAUCUCACAUUUGUUUCAACCUCAAACCAUUAUUAUUUCUUGAAUUUUUUCUGGUAUUGGCUAUUUACUUUUGGUUUACUAUCAACGUAAUAAAAUGUUACAAAU